AUGGAUCAAAUCCAUCCAUCGACGGCGGCGAAAGAACUCAAAGCGAUUGGUGAUCGUGAGUACUCACAACAAUCAGCAGUGGGUUUGGUGUCAUACUCAUACGCAUUGUUUCCCUCUCAGGGCCACCCAACGGAUUUCCGACGCGUAGAAUUCACGAUGCCUCAGUAUGAUAAGGAAGAUGCAUUGUCGGACAACACCCCCAGUGACUCCAGCGCGCUUUAUCACGUGUCGAAGCGAGAAAAGCUUUACCAUGAAGCCAAGCUGUUGAAGGAAAAGCUGACCGAAAAUACGGACGUCGUCCGUUUAAGACUCCUGCGGCAGCACACAUAA